AUGUCGGCCACCCGGAAUCCCUGCCCGGCGGUUCGACGAGAGCUCGAGGCGUGGGAACUGGAGCUCGGAAACUCCACCGACCUACCCACCUUCGCCACGCUCGAAGAAUUUGUGGAGGGACGGAUCCGCGUCCUCGAGAUGAUCGGGCUGCGCGACAUCGACAAGAAGCCGCUCAAGGCCACCAAGACCACAAAGCCUGCAGCCCGCGCUCUCGCCAUUGCUCCUGGCGCCCAAGUUUGCUUCAUGUGCGCCGGUUCAUACUACAUCGCUGCGUGCCUGGAUUUCGCCGCGAAAACCGUGGAAGAGCGACGCGAAACAGUGAUCACGAAAAGACUGUGCUUUAACUGCCUAGGCCCGCAUCGUUUGAGUGAGUGUCGAUCGGCCAAACGCUGUCGCAUUUGCAGUGGUCAGCAUCAUACGCUACUCCACACUGCAUCGCCGUCCUCAGCGGCACCGACUACGGCGGGCGGUUCCGCCUCUUCGGGCUCUCAGCAUCCAUUCAACUUGCUAUCGCCAUGCACAGCGCACCCAGCGUCGCCGCCCCGCCCCGCACUCUCUUGGCGACCGCGCGCGUUCGUCAGUGUCAUCUCGGCUGUCGGGCACUCGGUGGAGGCCCGCGCCCUCCUUGAUCAAGGCUCCGAGCUCUCCUUCAUCCGUGAAUCUCUCGCUCAGUCCUUGGCGCUGCCCCGCAAGCGAGCCAGCAUCCCUGUGGGCGUCUCCGCCUACGUGCUCCCGCGACUGACCGGUCGACUGCCGGCCAGCCCCGUGCUGAACGCGACAUGGGCGCACAUCGACGGGUUAACCCUCGCCGACGGACUUCGCCAAGCCGGGAAGCACCUGAUCCUCGGGGCCGAUGUCUACGAGAAGCUACUCCGCGCCUUCGUCCGCUGGGGGGCUGUCGGUCAGCCGGUCGCUCAGCAUACGGCCCUGGGCUGGAUCGUCUUUGGCCCAAUCACUGGUCCGACCCUCCCUCAGGAGGGCCGCGCGCUCAGCUCGCUUUCUGGAGAUCUGGAUUUCGACCUUCACGAAAUCGUGUCUCGAUUCUGGGCUCAGGAGGAGUUUCCGUUACACGGGCCACCUCCGUUAAGCGAAAGUGAAGCUCAGUGUGAAAGCCACUUCAUCCAAACCCACUCGCGAUCCGCGUCGGGCCGAUACGUGCGACUCCCCUUCCAGUCGGACCCGCCGGCACUCGGCGACUCAUACUUCGCGGCCGUGCACGCGUUUCGCAGGACGCGCUCGCGAUUCGAGGCAGACCCAGAGCUGAAGCAGCUCUACACGGACUUUAUGCGCGAGUACGAGGCUCUCGGCCACAUGGCUCCUGCCCUCGCCUCUUCAGUGCGCCCGGCACGCAUCUGCUUUCUGCCGCACCACAGCGUUCUUCGCAAGGGCGCCUUAACCAGCAAGCUCUGCGUCGUGUUCAACGGCUCGCUUCGCAGCUCAGCGAGCACGACACUCAACGACCACCUGCAUGUUGGGCCGAAGCUGAAACACGACAUCGCCGACAUCUUGCUUCGCUGGCGAUGCUACUCUCACGUCUUUCUGGCCGACGUGGAAAAGAUGUACCGCCAGAUCAUCGUCCGUCCAGAGGAUCGUGAUUUCCAAAGAAUUCUGUGGAGCACCACCGACGUCCCAGGCGAGUUCCAACUCGGCACUGUGACCUAUGGAUUGGCGUGCGCGCCCUUUCUCGCGCUCAGGGUCAUUAAGCAGCUGGCCGACGACGACGGCCACCGAUACCCGGAAGCCACCCGCGUCAUUCGCGAAAACAUGUACGUCGAUGACGUGCUCUCGGGAAUUCGCGCGCGCUAA